CACUGACUGCAUACGCGCCGCGCUGGAGAGCGAAGAUGGCGGAGAGUAAUGUCGAAACAGAGCACGAAUGGAGUGAUCGGGCCCUGGAUUCGGCUGAGGACACUCUGGUUGCAAUGGAAACUUUGCUGGCCACGCUGAGAGCCUUCGAAGACGUACUCAGCCAGCAAGACAUAUCGGUAGCAUCUUCCAAUGAGUACUGCGACAACUUCUGUCAGGCACUGAUGCACUAUGCUGGGAGCAGGAACUCUGUGGAGCAUGGUCUUCCUCUUCUGGAGGUUUACUGUCUGUCCAUAAACUGCUUUGCUGCAGCCCGAUGCCAUCUCACAGCAGAUUCCGACAGUGUCACUCUUGUAUUGAAAAGACUGGCUUUGAGCUGUUUUGAACUGCUGCUUUCAGUGCCUGAGAAUGAAAUCCCCUAUGAAGCCUGGGUUCAAUUCCACCACUUUGUUCAGAGUGCUCAUGAUACCUUGUUGCAGUAUGGGAGCACAGAUCUCCAAGCUCUUCUGCAAAUCACAGGAGAGGGAGGAGCAUGGAAUAAUCCUGUCCUCACUGCCCUUCUCACCGGUCAGCCAACCAGCAGAGAAGAAGUGGAUGGCUAUAUCACCCUGGAGGGUGAGGGUUUCAUGGAGAUGCGAGUCAAGCACUUGGAGAAGAUUGGUGAAGUGGCCAAGGCGGUGGUUCUGGCCAAAGCUUGCACUGAAUGCAGUUUGGUCACCAACCAAGCUACCUUUCGUCAAACAUAUGUCUCUCUGCUUUGUCAGCUGCUGCCCAAUGAAGAAGCCAUCAGAGAGAUAUCCAGACUUGACUGUAAGGAUGUAUUGGAAAUCACGUGUAAUUUGGAGACGGAGGGGGAGGAGAAUACAGCCUUCAUCUUGUGUACAACUUUCCUGACGCAGCAGCUUCAGCAGCAAAGUCUAUACUGCUCCUGGGAGUUGACACUUUUGUGGAGUAAGCUUCAGAGAAGAAUUGACCCCUCUUUGGAGUCUCUUCUGGAACGAUGCCUUCAGCUGGGUGCCAUCGCCAAAAUUGUUGACCAUUUGCUGUUUCUGGUCCGAAUUAUUCAAGCAGAGGCACGGGAACUGGGGCUAGCUUCAUCAGUUGAACUUUGUGUCAAAGCUCUCCAACUUCCAAAGAAAGAUGACAAUGAAACAAGAAUUUCUGUCUGUAAAACUGUGUCCAUACUUCUUCCUGGUGACCUUGAAGUGCUGCGUGCCUGUUUGCUCACAGAGUUCCUGCUUGGACCAAGACAGGAAGUCUUUGGCCACCUUGAAGAGCUCUACCUACGACCAGACCAGAAGUAUGACCAAGAAAAUGGGGUUAUUCCUAACUCACUCCGCUGUGAGUUACUACUAGCACUUAAAGCACACUGGCCUUUUGACCCUGAAUUCUGGGACUGGAAAACUCUCAAAUAUCAAUGCACUUCCCUCCUUGGAUUAAAGGUGGAGUCAGAGGGAGAAGAGGAAGAACCAGCAGACAGAGAGGAGAGCAGUAGACCACAUGAGCCACAUGAAAUCGCAGUGAAGUGUGUGGAAUCUGAACAACAAAACAGGUUAAAUGGAAGUAUUGGUGGCCAUGAGCAGAAAGAUGAUAAACAUGCUGAAAUAGAGGAUGUAUCUCGUAUAAAGAAACACAAACUCUGCUGUCAGAUUUGUAGUAGGUCGUUUACUGACACCCAAAUCCUUCCUCACUCUAGAAGGCAUGGACUGGAGAACAUUCACCCAUGCCCAGUUUGCUUAAAAAAAUUUCAAAGCAGGAAGGAACUUGUUCCCCACAUGAAGCAACAUGUUCACAGUGAAGCAUCCUUCUACAAAAAGGAGAAACAGAUAGACAGUGUUCAGAUAAAGAUAGAUGAGAAUGACGAGCUCGAGCCUGGUGAGAUCACUAUUGACCCUUCCUUAAUGCUGUAUUACAAAUCCACGCACGAUCAGGAUGUGCUCAACCACAUUGUGCAACAAGCCAAAUCUGUGCAAGCGAAGCGGAUGGACGAUGAUGUGUACAUCACUUUCGACCACAUUGAGCGUCACUACGAGCUGCAGAACCGGGAUGAGUAUCCGUGUCCUGGAACUGGGUGUCCAAGGGUUUUUAAACAUUCCAAGUACUUGUACGUUCACUUAAAGUCAGAGCACAAAGAUGAUGAGAAUGUUAAACAUUUUCAUCUCAUGAGGGACAAGCGGGAAAAGUGUGGCUUUUGCAGGCGCCAUUUUGUGUCAGAUUACCAUCACCGCAAGCAUCGGCAAGUUCAUCAUGGUGAGCAGCCUUUUACAUGUGUGGUUAUAGGUUGUGGCGCACGGUUUAGGUCUUCCUAUGACCUUAUCACACACAAACAGACCCACGGCUAUCAGCUCAACUACCAGUGUGAACUCAAAGGCUGUUAUGUCUCUUUCUCUGACUUGGGACAGUUAUAUCACCAUGAAGCACAGCAUUUCAGAGAUGCAGGAUUUACCUGUUGUAGCCCUGAAUGUAGUAAAUACUAUUUUUCCAAAAGGGAAUUUAUUGAUCAUCUGUCUACACAUAACAUUACCUUCUCUGAAAAUGACUUUGAGGCUCAGAUGAAGGCUAAGCAGAAACUUUUUAAGACUCUUGUGGACAAGACUGUCCAUGUCACUAGAUCAAGCGGAUCAGAAAAGACUGUAAAUCUUGAGUAUGUCAGUCCCCCUUCAUUGAGUUGUAUUUCUCCAUUGCAGCCAACAGAAUUUAAGGAGCCCAAAGCUGUGACGACUUUGGUGGCUGUGUGUUUUGAUGGAAGUAAGUUCACCUGUGGCUUUGAGAGGUGCGGCAUGACAUUUACGAGAGCUAGAGAUGUCCAGAGACAUCUGAAAUGUGCCCACCCAGAGCAUCUGAAGUUGGAACCCAAAGAACACAAACAUGACAGCGAGUGGGAUUCAACGUCCAAAGAGCUAAAGGCUGAAAUUGAGUCACAUGGUGAAGAAAAGGAAAGUGACGAACUCCCAAACCCAUUUCAUUCUCUCGACACUGGCAGAGAAAGGUUGUCAUCCCAUCAGCCCAGAUACAUUGGAACAUACUCUUCGAGCUCCAUAAAAAACGAUUCCCUCAAAGAAAUUCUCAUUGGGCUUAGCAAACUGAGCCUGAAUGGCUCCAACAGUGCACCAAGUGAGCCCCUGAUGUCCAACACCCCUUCAUGUCCUUCACAAACAUCCCUUCACCAGGCAAUCAUGGCAAAGCCACCUGUUGUAUUGCUUCAGAAACGACAUCCAUAUCAGUCUAAGAAAAAGGUGAGGGCUGCAUCAAAUAAGUCAUCCACGGCUGAAAAGAUCUGUGCAGAAUUAUUGGCCAUAGCCAAGCCGUAUGUUUGUGAGGUGAAAAGCUGUGGCUUCAGGACUGCGCAAAGUUACAGCUUGCUACGCCACUAUAACAACCUACAUGGUCGCAGCAUCUCGCAGGCCAAAAGACUGACAUCUCUGAAAAGCACAUUUAAACCUUAUGUCUGCCAGCUUUGUUCCAAGAGGCACAGAGAAAAACGUGUAUUGAGGGCCCAUUAUAUUCAGGCACAUCAUUUCACUGAUGCUAUGGUGAACAAAAUAAACUGUAAUGCUGUACCUGCGGACGAAAAGAAAACCACGGUGACUGCAGUGCAUACGUCCAAGUCCCUGAACUGUUCUCUCGAAGGGAAAGAAAUCCCUGCACUGCAUCAUCAAAACCAAAGUGAAAAAUCAAAUAGGGUCAGUGAAAACGGGCAAAACAUGGGCAAUCAUUCAUCUGAAGAGGAAGGGGAUGAUGAAGCAGACAGUAGGGAGGAAGAGAGGGAGCAAAAGGAACAAGGUCAGGAUGUGAUGCCGCAACAGGCCAGGCCUACACGCCGUUUGGUAGCAAAAAGUAAACUGUGUUAUAUAUUGGAUAAAUACAGUAAACCUUUUCAUUGUGUUGCAAAACACUGUGAUGCUGCAUUCUCCACCCAGGCAGGGCUUGUGCGCCACCUGCAGCUGGUACAUCACUACAAUCGCUCUCAACUGUUGUUGGAAAAAGACUUCGAUGUGCAUCGCAGCUCAGAUAUCAAAAAAGAGCCGGCCAGGAAAAGGCCCGUCACAAACUCUGAUGAACCACAGCCCCAAUUCAAAUGUCACUUUGCCAACUGCAAUGCCUCUUACCACCUUAAAAGCAGCCUUGUCCGUCAUAUUCGUCUUUAUCAUUCACAGGCACCAGGGCUAGUACGAUGCAAACAGGAGGGUUGUACAAAAGUGUUCACCCAUGAUAAUGCCCUGAAAAAGCAUAUUCUUUAUAGCCACUGUGAAUACUAUGAUUCCCUGGUAGUGCGUCUACAGAGCACUCACAAAAAAUCAAUUACUGGUUGCCAAAAGAAGCUUAUAGUCACAUCACAGAGUUCCGUGAAGGAACCCAGUUCACCUGCCGCACAGCCUGAGAAAUCCGAUCCCAAGUCUGAAGCGACUUCCCAGUCAGAGAAAAUGGAUGAGUCUCAUCACAAUAGAAGUAAAGUCUCAGAGAAACGGAACACGUUUGACAGCUAUGUCUACAGAUCUCACGAAGAAGCAUUGCAAAUGUGCCAAGACCGUUGUUUGCGUGUGGCUCACCCGUGCAUGGUGCAGCACUGCGAUUCUGUCGUCAGCUACAUGCACAGUUUGCAUCGUCACUAUAUGAAAGUUCACCGUAUGCCUCGAGAGGUUUUGAUGGACAACGAAGACAAGCUUGCUUUUAAUGCCGAGCAGCUUGAGGAGCUAAUUCAGAGGAAGUCAGCAAGGCCUACUUCUGCGGGAGCAAGUACACCCAAUGGGGUACGCAAAAUGGAGUAUCAGGCGGAAACUGAUAAGCUAGGAGGUCAGUCUGCACCUAUGGGACUCCUCUCAAUCAAGAAUGAGUCUCAGGAAGAGGAAAAUCAUGACUUACUGGGAUUGCCAGAAGAGAAAGUGGAGGAGCCAUCACCUGUUGAGAGAAAUGAUGAUGAUCAUGAUCACGGUGAACGGAGUACUAGUGAGCACACUGAAGAGUCUGUUGCAGGAAUGGAGAACGGCCAACAGGAGAAGCAAGUAAACUUGCAAAACUUCAAAACACUUCUUCGUCCUGUCACUGUAGAUCUUUCACCACCAUGCUCACUCCGUUUUACUAAUGAGGGCUUCCAGGACUCAUCAAGCACCAAUGAUGGUAGUAAAAUGUUGAACGGGUCAGCAGAAUUGUCCAGUUCUCCUGUUCGCCAGCCGCUGAAACGCAAAAACGAACUGUCUGAACAGCCUCCAAACUUGAAAGAACCUGAGCGUCUAAGCCCUGCUCCACGCCCUUUUGAUAUUGCCACUUACAAGCCUAUGGGGUUUGAGUCUUCAUUCCUGAAGUUCAUACAAGAAAACACCCCUCAAGACAAUAGUGACGUAUCAUUGCUAAAACAUGGCGAUGUGGUGCUGUUGAAAGGGCGGGAUUCUUUUCGACGCAGUUGUUCCAUCAAGGAGAACACUCAGUUGGGGAUCUCUCUCACCUGCAGCAGACGCACUCAGUCCCCACUGCUGAGGCCUCGUGCUAUGACUGGGCACUUUACCUCAGUCCAAAACUUGAAGUCUGUCUUGGACAAAGCACUGGCUGGGUGUGGAGACCUGGCCAUUAAGCAGCUUCAGUACCUCAGACCUGUGCUCUUCCGUUCUGUCCUUCAGUGCGCUGUUUUUCUCGUCGGGACAACCAAUAUGGCGAGAUUUCUGAGGCCUGCUGUGAGAGGAUUUAUCACCGCACAGCUGAGAAUGUCGUCUGAUCAGUUGGGUGAGUUGGGCAAAGGUGCAGGAAAAGGUGGUGGAGGUGGAGGAAGUAUCAGAGAAGCAGGUGGUGCCAUGGGAAAGAGGCAAGCUGCUGAAGAGGAGCUGUACUUCAGGCGUAAGGAGCAGGAGUUGUUUGCUGCAUUGAAAGAGCAUCACCAUGAUGAAAUCGAGCACCACAAAAUGGAAAUUGAACGUCUGCAGCGAGAGAUUGAUCGCCACAAGGGAAAAAUCAGAAAGCUGAAGCAUGAUGACUGAGGGAGUCUUACCAAAAAAAUAUUCCAGGGUCCUCUGUCUCAACUAGACACCUUGAGUAAUUAUUCAGAAUGCAUAUGCCAUCUCACCAGACAAUUCACAAAUGAGUUGUUCUCUUUAUGAAAGAUAUUAAAACUGUUGAUAAACUUUUUGUUCUGUCUGGCAUGUUGAGCAAUGUAAGAUGUCGAUGGGUUCUUUUUGUAAUAUACCAGCAUUCAGCAUGAUUUCCCCCCCCCAAGCAAUUGCCAUAAGCAAACUCCAAAAGUAAUGACAUUUCUCCAAUCACUUCAUAUGGACACUCGUCUUUGUGUAUUUGCAUAUAAAUGUGUAAUGCAAAUUGUAGGUUUGUGUGCUUGAAAAAGUCGCAGUGUGACGUAAACUGGUGCAAGUUGCAUGAAUCCUGGAAAAACACCCUGAAAUAAUUUACACUGAACUAUGGAACUGUUGAUAAACCAAUUUGAUUUUUAUCCUGUGAUGGAGGAUUUGCAUUCACAUUCCAAGAGAGAAAAA